AUGCCAAAUCUGAGGACAACGUUUACAAAUAUACCACCGACCUCUAAAGCAAUAGCGUUUAUAAUAAUAUGUUCAUCAGGGCUUGGAGUGUUACAAAAUGUUAAACAAUGGCUGAAUAUAGAACCUACUUCCCCUCCAAGUCUCUCACAAGGCUUGGCUCUUGUACCAAAUUCUGCACUUUGGGAAUUUUGGACGUUUAUAACCGCGAGUUUUUAUGAAACCAAUUUAAUAAACUUCAUAGGAAGUGUUCUUACAAUACUUGGAAUGGGAAAAUAUUUAGAGAGAGCAUGGGGAUCUAGAGAGUUUUUAAAAUUUAUAGGAAUUGUGAUGAUCGGAGCCAAUAUAUGUGUCGUUCUAACAUAUUUAUGUGAAUAUGCUAUCACAGGAUCUCCAUUUUACUUAUUUCGUGUAAUAAAUGGUAUGAAUGGGUUGAUUAGCGGAUUUUUAGUAGGAUUAAAACAAUUGAUACCAGAACAUUUAUUAAAACCAGUUAAAGGGUCAUCGUUAUGUAGAGUAAAGCAUUUACCAAGUUUAUUUAUAAUCGUGAAUUUUGUGUGCUUUUUAUUGUUUGAAUCACAAACACAAUUACUUCUAGUAUUUUAUGGUAGCUUGAUUUCUUGGGUGUACUUGAGAUUUUUUAAAUAUCAAGAUGGUUUACGUGGAGAUCGUAGUGAAACCUUUUCCAUGGCCAGUUUCUUUCCGGAAUUUAUUCAGAGAUUUCCAAUAGACUUGGAAAACCUUCCAACGACUUAUAUACCAUCCAUGCCAGGUAGUCAAAGGGCUGAAGCGGAAAGAAGAAGGGCGUUGGCAUUAAAAGCAUUGGAUGCCAGAUUACAUAACAAAUCAAAUUAUGACCCAAUGUCACCACCGCCAUUUACCUCGUCACCAUCAUCUUAUACUGCUUCUUCAUCUGACAACAUUAAUGGAAUCACCACACAACCAAAUGAUGUUUUAUUUGAUGCAAAAGACCAUUUAAAACGAGACUUGUAA